UUGAUAUUUUUCUGAUUUAAUAAUUAAUUGUGUUGUUAUUUUCUGUCAUAAUUAAUGUGUUGCUUGUUUAAGUUUAAGUGUCAUAAUUAGAUUGUUGCUUAUUUGGUAAGUAAGAGUCCUAGGUAAUGAUAUCUAUGGUUCUUAGGUAAUGAUGACUAGUGUUUAGAGUAGAUUUAGUGCAGAUUUUAUGUUUAGUCUUACAAGCAAGCUUAUGGCUUGGCUCUAUAUAUUUGUAUUGUAUGCUUAAGUUUAAUGUAUCAAAGUAUCUUAGCUUUUAGUACUUUGUUCACAAAACAUUGUUGUCUUCUUUAACUUUUUGGUUUUUUCUUCUUUCUUCUCCACCAUUUUUAACCUUAAUUUUCUGUCUUGAGCUUAUUGCUUCUGCUGCCUUUGCAAAAGCUAACGGUGGUAUCAAGAGCCCCAUUGAUCUUAACGGGUCUGUGAGGUUAGAAAACUAGUGUAAAACUUUGAGGGUGAGAGAAAACCAGCAAGAAAACCUUCACAAAAACCUUUACAAAAAACUUUUAAACACCAAAAAUGGCUUCCAAUAGUGGUUCUUUACCUCCACCUCCUGUGUUUUCAGGAGAAAACUAUGAUUUGUGGGCUGUAAAAAUGAAGACUUAUUUGAGAGCUCAAAGUUUGUGGGAUGUGGUUGAAAAUGGCAACAACCCACCACCUCUCCCAAACAACCCAACAUUAGCUCAAAUAAGAAAUCAUAGUGAUGAAGUGGCAAAAGAAGGUAGAGCUCUUGCCAUAAUACAUGCAGCUCUACAUGAUGAUAUUUUUAUCAAGAUUUUGAAUCUUGAAAUUGCAAAAGAAGCUUGGAACAAGCUGAUGGAGGAGUACCAAGGAAGUGAAAGAACAAAGAAAAUGAAAGUGCUAAACUUGAGAAGAGAGUUUGAAGCACUAAAAAUGAAAGAAACUGAAACUGUUAGAGAGUUUUCUGACAGAAUUUCUAAAGUUGUUACACAAAUCAGAUUGUUGGGAGAAGAUCUCAGUGAUCAAAGAGUUGUGGAAAAAAUACUGGUGUGUCUUCCAGAGAUGUUUGAAGCAAAAAUUUCAUCUCUUGAAGAAAAUAAGAAUUUUUCUGAAAUCACAGUUGCAGAGCUUGUUAAUGCUUUGCAAGCUUCUGAACAAAGAAGAUCUUUAAGGAUGGAAGAAAAUGUUGAAGGUGCCUUUUUGGCCAACAACAAAGGCAAAAAUCAAAGCUUUAAAAGUUUUGGGAAAAAGAAGUUUCCACCGUGUCCACAUUGCAAAAAGGAUACUCAUUUAGACAAGUUUUGUUGGUAUAGGCCAGGAGUUAAAUGUAGAGCUUGUAACCAACUUGGUCAUGUGGAGAAGGUUUGCAAAAACAAAACAAACCAGCAGGAACAAGAAGCCCGAGUUGUUGAGCACCACCAAGAAGAUGAGGAGCAAUUGUUUAAGGCUUCUUGCUAUUUAGCAUGUAGUAGCAAAGAAACAUGGCUAAUAGAUAGUGGAUGCACCAAUCAUAUGACUAACAAUGUUAGUUUUUUUAAAGAACUUGAUGAAUUUUUUUACUCCAAAGUUGUCAUUGGCAAUGGACAACAUGUUGAGGUCAAAGGCAAAGGAGUUGUAGCUGUUGAAACUCUCUCAGGUAUAAAAUAUAUUUCAGAUGUUUUAUUUGUGCCUGAGAUAAAUCAAAGUCUUUUGAGUGUUGGACAAAUGAUGGAGAAAAACUAUUCUUUGCACUUUAAGAAUAUGAAAUGCACAAUUUUUGAUCCUGAUGGAUCUAAAUUAAUGAUUGUUGAAAUGAGAGGAAAAAGCUUUCCAGUGGAGUGGAAGAAGACAUCCUUGCGUGUUUUUCCAAAUAGAGUUGAUGCAAAUUUUUCAGCUCAGAAAAGAGGAACUUUGGAUGACAACAAUUAUGCUAGAUGCAAUAUUGCUAUGUUAGAGACUGCAAGGUAUACUGAAGCUGCUAAUUUUGAGGGCUGUAAAGUUACCAUGCAGGAGGAGAAAAAGAUCAUAGAAAAGGAUGUUGAUUGUAAUGUUGUUGAUGCCUCUCUUUAUGACUUGUGUUUUUUUCAAAAUGAAAGUGGAUACCUCCUAGAUUAUGCUGAAAGCGAUGAUGUCAAGACUGCAUCUGAUUGUGUUUUUUCAUUUGGUCAUGUUGUGUCUGAUUGGAAUUUGAAGAAGCAAGAAGGGAUCACCCAAUCAUCAACUAAAGCUCAAUGUGUUUCCGCUGCAACAGAUACAGAAAUUUGGCCAGUGAAGUUUUAUCAGAUGAAGGUUGGAAAGAUGAGAUCAAUGUUUGGAGUUUUUUCAAGAAAAAUAUCAAGGAGGAGUGUUGGAGAUUGAUAUUUUUCUGAUUUAAUAAUUAAUUGUGUUGUUAUUUUCUGUCAUAAUUAAUGUGUUGCUUGUUUAAGUUUAAGUGUCAUAAUUAGAUUGUUGCUUAUUUGGUAAGUAAGAGUCCUAGGUAAUGAUAUCUAUGGUUCUUAGGUAAUGAUGACUAGUGUUUAGAGUAGAUUUAGUGCAGAUUUUAUGUUUAGUCUUACAAGCAAGCUUAUGGCUUGGCUCUAUAUAUUUGUAUUGUAUGCUUAAGUUUAAUGUAUCAAAGUAUCUUAGCUUUUAGUACUUUGUUCACAAAACAUUGUUGUCUUCUUUAACUUUUUGGUUUUUUCUUCUUUCUUCUCCACCAUUUUUAACCUUAAUUUUCUGUCUUGAGCUUAUUGCUUCUGCUGCCUUUGCAAAAGCUA